GAGACCGUAACAUGGAAAGCAACCCUCCGUUUCGAGCAUCAAAUGUACGAAAUAUAAACAGCGCGGUGAGUGAGUGACUGUAGUGAGCCGUGUAGCAUUCACUCUUCACAGUACAUUCCAUGUAUUUUUUUUUCUUCUUCCCGUGAGCCGAGACAGCGCUCUGUGCACAACUAAAACGAAAACAGUUGCUGAGUACACUUUCAACGGACCAGACGUCUCUCUCGACAUUUUUUUGUGACGUGCACGAGAAAAAAGUUUUUUUCUCUGCUUUGCAUUCGUUGUAUAUGUGUUUAUUUACAAAGUUUCUGUGGAAAUUCAAUCGAAAAUAGAAGAAACGAUGUCCGUGUGAGUGCUAAAGGCCAAUGUGUGAUGUGAAGCGGUGAUUUUUAGUGUACUGAUAAAUUAUUCGAAUGAUGUUUUGAUGAAAAAAGAGAAAGAGUCGAAAAAAAUUGGUUUUUCUUAAUGGGCAAACAUUUCGAAAUAAAUGUCAAAAUAAAUGCGUAAAAACACAAGUGAAAUUGCCAUUGACUAUUGACACAAAGUGACAACCAGCAGCACAAAAAGGAAACGCCGCGAAUGACAUUCGAAAUAAAAAGCUGAACUCCUUUUGUAAGCAUUUGCCGUAUUUGACUGGAGCGCAUUGUGUGUAUUCGUAGAGAGUGGACGUGGUGCGUGCGGUGUCGGCGACGGCGGGAAAAAUCAAUGGUAUUUCUGAUGAAAUUCCAUGUAGUCAACCGACCGACUGACUAGCGAUCAAAACAAAACCAAACUACACUUAACAAGAACGUUACGCAUGUAAUUGUGCCCACAAAUCAACCAAAAAAAAAAUCAAUCGUUGAGUGAGUGCUGACAGUUGAAUAGCACGCGCGAAAGAAAGAGAGCGAGAGAACCAGAGUGGCAUCGGCAUUCACAAAAGGAAAUCAUUAUAAACAAGAGGAAGUACUUGGCCUACGUCAAUCCAUCACAAUACACAUUUAAAUCGGAUUCCGAAUAAUGUUGUAGAUUGAGGCCGCGCGCACGCGAGAGAGAAAGAUUGGCCGAAAACAGAGAGAUCUCUAAGUGUAAACACAAUCGGUCCACCGGAUGGAACGGCUCGAAUGGGAACCGACGAAUUCGGAACAGACGAAAAACUUUGAACUAUUACACGAAUUUAUCAUCAUUCAUCUGUAAUCUGUGCUGCUUUUUACAUCAUUACCGUUGUCACCGACCGGCCGACCGACAGCCAAGACCUGAGACUCAAGUGAAUGAACAGAGGCGCACAUACGACGACGACUUCGAUCAAAACACAACACAACAUCUCUAUGUAGAUAUAUAAACACAAACAAAGCGAAAUGCUCAUUAAAUAAGUAAACUCAAAGUAUCAUCGCGUGUACGUGUGUUGUUCCGUUCACUCUUUCUCUCUAACUAACUCACUCUCUCCGUCAGUCUUGUGUGUUGUGCAGUAAAUAUUUAUUCCUGUGAGCGCUUUAUUAUCAUUAUAUUAUCCGAGCAUCGGCCCAGCAGCAGCAGCAACAGCAUCAUCAUGACAACGAGUGCCCUUGCAAAAUGUUCAAGCCUAUAGUUCUCUCUAUCUCUCACUCACUCUCUCGAUUCGAUAUUUCAUUUCUCGUGCUCUUUUGAGCAAAGAAUACAGAAAAAAAACAACGUACAUUGAAAAGAAUCGUCAUCAUCGUCGCAAAGUCUCUCAUCCAAUCUCGUAAAGAAAGAGUGUAUCGUGUCAUCAUAAUUCAUGGUGUUCCUUAUUAUUGGCACAUAAGUGUGUGUGUAUGUUUGCAUGCCAGAGAAUAGAGAAAGAGAAGCCAGCGGCGAGUGAUGAGACUACGACGACGACGACGGGACACAAGGCCCAUGGAUGUUUUACGAAAUUCUAUGCUGUUUUGAGUGUGCAUGAUUACCGUGCCAUUUAGUUGGAUAUUAGUGUGUGUUGCUACGACAACGAUUUUUCGCUACGAUAAAACCGCCGGCCACAACAGGGACUAUUCUUAUCUCUCGCACAGUGAACAAUAUAAACAUAAAUUCCAAUUAUAUUAAGGUAAAAUACAGAGCGGUUUGAACGAGAAAAAAAAUCCCCUGGGCGAAUGAUAGCAGGCUUCUAAUAGAAGUGAAGUAGUAAAGAGUGGACGAUGAAGUGAAGAGUGAGGUACGAUAAUAAAAGAGUGAUAGACGAAUCUUUGAUCCCAAAGUAAGAAAACGAAAACCAAAAAUCAUCAUUGAAUCAAAUUAAUUUGUUCGAUUGAAUCGUUAAAAUUGAUCAAUCUAUUGCACCCGAACUUGAUAAGUGAACGUUGUGCGUUCUAUGUGUAAUUGAAACGAAAAGAAAAGUGAAUUCUAUGAGUUGAUUUUCUUGUUGUCGCGUGAGAAUUCGCUUCGAAAUUAUUUCCGUGAAAAAUUGUGAGUUGAAGUGUUUGCUUUCAAAACGAAUUAAGUCAUCGUACACAGCAAACAGCAAACAGAAAGCAAUUGAGCUUAGGCUGUUUAUUACCUGAAGUGUUUCUACGGCUGAAAAUUGCCUGGAAAUUUUCUUCGUUUCUGCUCUUGAAGGGAAGGGCUACCUUUGCUUCAUUAAAUGCGAAAAGGUCAGUGAAACAGAAGCCGGAGCGGGCAACCGAACACCAUUUUUACCAUUGAGAUCGGGUUAUUUGUUGAGGAUACAUUGUUUCCGUUGAAUGGGUCGUGCAGUCGGCGCACAAAGUAAGACAGCGAGAGACGAAGGUAGAUAGAAAAAAAAUAAUAAGGUUACCGAUUUAGGCGAAAAAGUGUGGAUAACGGGAUACAAUUUCAAGUACAUAAUAAAGUCAAUAAAGGCAAGAAGAAAUAAAGGAAAACCACAUACACACACACACACCAAGACAAGGAAGUGCAGAGACUUUGAGAGCAAUAAAACGCAAAAUGAACGCAGAAAAGACAAAUGAAAAUGGAAAUGGAAAUGGUUGUGCUGACGUUAAAGACAGCGUUGAUGGUGGUGAAGGCGGCACAGGCAACGAAACAACAAACCCAACAGCCAUUUCAACGGACGUAUCAUUGCCGAAUGAUGUGCUGGAGCGUCUAUUUCAACGAUAUUCGAUAAAACAACGACGAGCCGGUCUAGAAUGCUUUCUUGUUACCUCAAUUCUGUUCGAUUUGUGGGUGAUUUUAGCACCAGAGCAAGGAAAAACCUUCUAUAAUAUCGGUAUCUCAUGUGUAUUUUUAGUGUUAAAUUUAGCAUUAGCUCUCUUCUUACGAUUCUGUGGCAAUAUCAAGUGGCGCGGAGCAAUAUGGGAGGCUGCACCGCACUUGGCAUGGGUGUUUGCCAUCACACAACUGGCACUUCAGCUAUUCUACAAAACAAUCGUUACAACACGCGAUUUCGUUGGAUAUGCAAUUUUGCUGAAUUUUCUGGUCUAUGUAACGUUGCCGGUUCCACUGUAUUUUGCUGGGAUAUUGUUAGGCAUUGGCUCAUUUACAAUUUACGUUGCUUCCCUUAUCGGUUUGGCACGAUCAGAGCUGUACUUCUGGCAUCAGCAAAUCGCAAAUGGCAUUUUGAUGGCAACGGCAGCUGCGAUUGGAUUAUUGUGCUACUAUUUGGGCGAGGCAAAGCAACGUCGAGCAUUUUUAGAGGCAAAGAAAAGUCUUGAAGUGAAGAUGGUGAUUGAAGAGCAAUCGGCUGAACAGGAGCGUUUGCUUUUAUCCGUGCUGCCGGAACAUGUAGCCGUAAAAGUGCGACAAGAUUUAGGCUCGAAUGAUUCGGAACAAUUUAAAAAGAUUUACAUGAGCCGUCACGAAAAUGUCAGUAUAUUGUAUGCUGACAUCGUAGGCUUCACGGCCAUCUCAUCGACCUAUUCGGCGCAAGAUCUUGUCAAAAUGUUAAAUGAGCUUUUCGCACGGUUCGAUCGACUUGCCGAGAAAUACCACCAGCUUCGGAUUAAAAUCUUAGGCGAUUGUUACUACUGUAUCAGUGGUGCGAACAUCGAGCGGCCGGAUCAUGCCGUGUUGUGCGUUCACAUGGGUCUUUCCAUGGUCAAAGCUAUCAAGUAUGUGCAACAAAAAACCAAUUCACCGGUUGAUAUGCGCGUCGGAAUCCACACUGGCGCAAUUCUGGCUGGCAUUCUGGGGCAACGACAAUGGCAAUAUGACGUAUACUCAAAGGAUGUCGAAUUAGCAAACAAAAUGGAAUCGAGCGGUAUGGCCGGACGUGUUCACAUUUCAGAGAAAACAUUGCAAUGUUUGAGCGGCGAAUUCGAGGUUGAACCGGCUUAUGGUGAAAAACGUGAGGAAUCUUUACGUAUAGCCGGCCUCAAAACAUAUUUCAUCAAAAAAGUUCUGAUACCGUUUUCCGAAGAGAAUGAUGUGAAAACGGGCGAGGAAAAUUCCAAUACGACCGUUCAAAUCGAAGAAGAUGGACCAUCCGAAACGUUUAAAGAUGAAGAGUCAAAGUGUAAUACGCCCGACGACGAAGUUGAUGAACCGAGCAAAGAGGAGAUUUUCAAGAAUCGUCUGCGAAAGGAGCUUGUAAGCCGAGAUGGUCAUGGUGAACUGUCGAAAGACACCACAAUUUUCUUGCGAUUCAAAAACAAAGAGCUCGAAUCAAGCUAUGUAAAACAAAGAGAAUCGAUGUCAUCGGUGCCGUUGAUUGCAUCGCUGCUAGUUCAUAUCGUUGCCAGUGUAUACUCUUCCUUCAUUCUUCCAAGCUCAGCCAUUCAUUUUCUCGUCAUUAUCGCACCCAUCAUCUUGACAUUACCCAUAGUUUGGAUCUCAGUCGCUGAAAGCUUUCCAAUGUACUUCUCGGAGGCGGUAGUCAAUAUUAGCAAGCGUUUCAAUGACAUUCACAUUUUGCGGCGCACGGCAGCAAUUUUGACGAUAGCAAUACUUGGAUGCACCAAUUUAUUUGAUAUGCUCAUGUGUGCAUCGACAAUUGAUCACCUGCCGAGCACCGACAGUUUCAAUAGCACCAUAAAUGUCAGCUCGCAUCAAAUCUCAACAACAACCACCACCACACUCAGUCCAAAUUAUCCGUGGAAAAUUAUCCAUGGAUUGCCGACUGAUGUUGAAUCGUCAUCACAUUUUGCAUCGACCGUUUGUACGCUAUUUCCGUCGUACUUCAGUAAUUAUGCCAUUUUGAUAUUGGUAGCAACGUCGGUGGUGGUGCAAUUGACUCAUGUGUGCAAAUUCAUCCUCAUGCUCAUAAUUGCAGGAUUGCAUUGUUAUAUGAAUAUAUUCCAAUUGGACAAUCACUUCAGGAUCGAAGAAAAUGGACAUUCGUUGAAUGUAAAUAUGUCGUUGCAAUACAGUUUGUCAGCUCUGUUGCUACUCAUUUCGAUCGCACUGGGAUUACUGUCAAGACACAUGGAUAAAGAGGAUCGGGUCAUAUUCAAGUGGAAAAGCGAAGUGGCCGAACAAAAGGAAACGGCCAGCGAUAUGCGGCACAGAAAUGAAAAGCUUGUGAAAAACAUAUUGCCUAUACAUGUCGCAGAAUAUUUUAUCAACAACAAAUCACGUUCAUACGAUGAACUGUAUUCACAAAGUUACGAUGAGGUUGGCGUUCUAUUCGCUAGCAUGCCAAAUUUCUCGGACUUUUAUUCAGAGGAUGCGGUCAAUAAUCAAGGGCUCGAAUGUUUACGUUUCUUGAACGAGGUCAUAUCGGAUUUCGACGCUCUGCUUGGCAAGCCACAAUUUCAAGAUGUUAUUAAAAUCAAGACAAUUGGGUCAACAUACAUGGCAUGUGCCCUUACUGGUUUGAACAAUGUGCGCACGGUGAAAGCCGACGAUUCGAUAGCGGUGCGAUGGAAUCACUUGGCAACGCUGGUUGAAUUUGCACUUGAACUGAAAAAAGCAUUGCAAUGCAUUAAUGAGCAGAGUUUCAAUCAUUUUGUGCUGAAGAUGGGCAUCAACCAUGGGCCAAUUACGGCUGGUGUGAUUGGCGCACGUAAACCGCACUAUGACAUCUGGGGAAAUACGGUGAAUGUGGCAUCACGUAUGGAGAGUACGGGCAAAGCGGGCGCCAUCCAGGUCACACAGGAAACAUGUGAAAUUCUACAAACAUUUGGCUAUACAUUCGAGCAGAGAGGUUUGGUCGCUGUCAAAGGAAAAGGUCAACUCAUGACUUAUUAUCUGAUGGGUAAAACAUCCGACGGUGCACAAAUAAAAACCACAUCAUUCUCACCAUCACUAUCGCACAACAUAAAGCGACAAAAUGUAAGCAAUCCCGCAUCACCCAAAUCGAAUGUCAUCUCACAAACGACGACGAAAACCGAUCUCAAUUCAACAGCAUCAACGCCGCAAGCCAACCCAAAAUCAGCCACAUCACCACUGUCUUCAUGCUCAAAUAGUCCAAGUAGUGUUAGAAUUAAUCAAAACUAUGAUCCGAAUAAUGUGAAAAAGCAAGAGGCAAACGAUGUGAACCACCAAAGUAGUCAUGCGGAUGGCGGUGAUUUUGAUUUGGACAAUUCGGAGGAUGGCGAUAAUAAACCAUUGCUCAAUGCCAUCAAUGAAACUGCAACACAAAUUGUUACGAAACGUACAAAUAAUCGAUGCGAAAAAGCCGACCAGGAGUCAGCCACAAAGGCGGAUAGCGACAAUGAAAGUGAUACAUUGAUUGCAAACAAUCACAACUAAACACAUAUAAGCACACACAAACUUCACAUAGACGAAUUACAUAUAUAUUGAGAACCGUAGCAACAUUCUAUUUAUAGUUCAAUUUUUAAUCUUUCGUCAUUGCCUUUUCGGGAAAGAAGAAGAAGAAGGAAAAAUUCAAAAAUUGGUUAUUUCUGUGACGAUAGAAAUGAAUUUUGGCUGAAAAUCGAGUCAAUCGAAGCUCAAUGUUUGUUUCCUUUGGCGUGACACUAAAUUUUCAACCAAAGUGAAUACUCUGAAAAAUUGUAAAAAAAAAAAUUCAAACCUGCCGGUGGAUGUAGAAGAUUGCAAUUUUUCGGAAGCAGAUGAUGAAGAUGAACAGCCUGUUUGCAAGACGUAUUCUACUUCCACCACUCAAAAUUAGAAAUCUCUUCAAGCAUUUUUCGUUAUAUUGACUCAUUUCAUUUAGACAAACACUUUUUUUCUUAAUCGACUGAGUUUUUGAUGUGUAUACACAUAAAAUUAGGCUAAAUAUUUGUAUCAGAAAAUCAGUUAGAAAUUGUGUGUAUCUUCUUGUUUUUUUGUGUGCACAAAAUCGACUAUUCUAGUGAUGAGCCACCUAAAAAAUGGCCUAAAAUUAAUACGCUACACCUACUGAGAAGGAAAUUAGUUCAUUUAGAGCCAUUUAGAGAGCAUUUAGAGUUAGACCAUAUUCAAUGAAUAAUAAACAAACAAAAUAAAUCAUCAACAACUAUGAAACAAAAAACAAAAUAUUUUACUUCAUAAAUGUGAUGUAACUGAUAUAUAACACAAAAGAAAAUUAGUCAAAUUGAGUUACAGUUAGCUGAAAUACAUGUAUAUUUGAUUGAGUUGAAUCGUUCUUGCGUUGAACACUCACCAAAUACACAAAAAAACAUACACCAUGCACAAGAAUGCGCUAUCUUCAAUAAAAAUAUUGUAUCAAUUGUCAUAUACCUCACUCAUGUUUCGACAUUGGAUCUUUUUCACCGCUCAUACCAAGGCAUUCAAAAUGCAUACACAGCUAUAAACGCAAAACGGACAAUUCAUAUCUCUGUAUCUAUAGUUCAAAACGUUUUUUUCUCUCUUCUUUUUGUUUCUCUCGUGUACAUUUCUUCUAACUAAAUAGAUGUCGAAAUCAGCUAAUGACCAAAAAAACCAAUUAACUACUUGUAGCGAUAGAAAUGCUGUGAAAUUACGACUUAUUUAAAAGAUGAUAGGCAUUUCUUUAAUCCAAACCGUUUUCCAAUCGAUUCAGAAUCUGAAUUUCGGGUAGGUCAAUGGGUCGGAUGGCAAUUAGUUUAGAAUGUGGUAAUUUUAUGCUCUAUUUCAAAAAUUUGGAAAAAUCUAAUCGUUUUACGAUUGAUUUGGUGUGAGAAACGAAAACUAUGAUUUUUUUCAAACAGCAUUUACUAAUUUAACUCACCAGAAGUUAAACUGGUCAGAUGAAAAGGUCUAUUUCAUCUAUCCUUCUUAAAAGAAUCGCAGUUUGGAAAAAACUCAUGGUUUUUCGGAAAAUGAUAGAAAAAUUAAUGGCAAAUAGAAAGGGAUUUUUUCUUUGAAAAAAUUAAUUGAAUAUCAUCCUGUCAAUUGAAGUGAAAAAAAUCUGAUAUUUACGAAUUUGCAAACAACAAAAUAGGAUUCAAGUCGGUCUCUUUGGCCUAAUAAAUAAAUUCGAGGAAGAAAUUCUCGCAACAGCAAUAUUUGUAUAGAAAAUCUUAACUUCUACACUGUAGCCUCAUUUUCAUGUUGUUUAUUUCUCUCAUUUCGUUUUGUUUGUUUUCGUUCAAUCUGUCGAUUGUUUAUAGAGAGUUUAUUUAUAGUUUAAUUUUUUGAUUGAUUACUUCAAAUUGUUAAAGAAAAAAAGUGAAGCUUUUCAGUUGAAGAUACUUUUCUCAAAGAAAAUACCAAAAUUUCUCCAGUCUUAAAGGGAGUACCACUUCUAAAGUCUUGAACGAUUUUUAAGCCUGGAAUAGAAAAGUCUACAACAUAAACUUAAAAUUCAUUGUGUAUUUAUUUAAAAGUAAAGCAAGAAAAAAAGUGAAAUGAACGUGUUUCAUCAUGGACCUUUAUUCUCUAGCGAAUGACCAAUUGAAAAAGACAUGUAUUUAGAAGAAAUUCUUUCAGAAGAAAGAACGACUAAUUUCAAUGGUAAAAAUUUUAAUUGUGGACAAAAUAAAAAUAAUAAAAUAACACAUAUGAAUACCAACAUUUUGAACAUUUGAAUAAAUGUAUUUAAUUGUAAAACAAAAAUAAAUAACAGAGAAAAAUUAAAAACCUUUGAAGAAAUGAAACAAAAAAUAAACUUAAAUCUAUGCAAACUAUAAA